CCCUUUUCUCUCUCUCUCUCGCUCUCUAGCUCUCACACUCCUCUCCCUCCUCCCUUUCUUAAUUAACCCCCUCCCCUUAACUUCAUCAUCAAUCCCUGAUUAACACCACACUGCUCCAAAUCAACGAAGCUCUCUCUCUCUCUCUCUCUCUCUCGACCAUGGGAAGGGCUCCUUGCUGCGACAAAGCCAACGUGAAGAAGGGCCCGUGGUCGCCGGAGGAGGACGCGAAGCUCAAGUCCUACAUCGAGCAACACGGCACCGGCGGCAACUGGAUAGCGCUGCCGCAAAAGAUCGGGCUCAAGCGAUGCGGCAAGAGCUGCAGGCUCCGGUGGCUGAACUACCUCCGGCCAAACAUCAAGCACGGCGGGUUCUCCGAGGACGAGGAUCGGAUCAUCUGCAGCCUCUACAUCAGCAUCGGCAGCAGGUGGUCGAUAAUCGCGGCGCAAUUGCCGGGGCGGACGGAUAACGAUAUCAAGAACUACUGGAACACGCGGCUCAAGAAGAAGUUCCUCGGGAAGCAGCGCGUCAAGGACCAUGCGCUGCCGCCGCUGCCGCGUCGGGCCGGCUUGUUCGGCAGGAAGGUGGAGGCUAAGGCGGAAACUGCCGAGCACGGCGGCUUCGGCAGCAUGGCUUCCGCCGAAGGGGUAAACCGGACCGGCGCCGUCGCCGGCUCGUUCUGGCCUGACCCGACCGCACCCGCCUACGGGCCCGGCCACUGCAACGCUUACGCCGCAGAGGAUUGCCACGUGUCGAUGCGGAAGCUACUUCUCAAGCUCGGAGGAAGCUACAUAGCUCCCCCUAACGCAUUGCACCCGCCGCAAUUAGCUCAACUGUAUGAUGAUCAAACUACUUCUAGUAGCUUAGUAGCGCCUUCGCUUCAAGUGAGUUCGUUUGAGCAGGAAGGGUUGAUACUGCAUGGUCCAAAUGGUUUCCAAACCGAGCUCGACGAGAUAUUCCACUUCAACCAGGUCAAGCUAGAAGGGUUAGAUGAUUGCAUCUACGAGGAUGAGUCGACGAACAUGUUGUGUAGCAACGCACCUCAAAGCAUGAGUUGGAACGAUCAGGUGAGUCCUAAUUUGAUGUACCCAAAUGGUAUGUUUCAAAGCUACCAAGGAAUGCAACAGUGUGUGUUGGAAGAGCCCGUGCGUCUGGGGAUGCAGUGAAGAGAUUUACAGUACAUCUGGAGUUUGUGUAUACAUUACAUGCAUGAGUGGUGUAUAUUUUUGUGGGCAUUGGAGAGUGAGGUGGGGAGGAGGAGGGGGGAUUAGUGAACAUGGUGUUUCAAUUUCUUGGAUAUGAAUUUUUAAUAAUUAAACUCGCUCUUUUUGGGAGAGUUGUUACUUAA